GCCCAUCAUGGCUGCGUGCGCCGGGCCCCUCGACCCCCGACUCCUCACCCUCCUCCUCCUCCUCUUCCUGCUGCUGAGCGGCUGCGGGGCCAACCUGCCCCCGGAGCCACCGCCACCACCGAGCCCCGAGCCCGAGCCCCAGCCCCUGCCCGAGUCGGCUCUGCAGAAGCCCACCGUGCUCCUGGCCAUCAUCGCCCGCAACGCGGCGCACACACUGCCUCACUUCCUCGGCUGCAUCGAGAGGCUGCACUACCCCAAGAACAGGAUCGCCCUCUGGGUGGCCACUGACCACAAUGUUGAUAACACCACAGCAAUCCUCAGAGAGUGGCUGAAGAAUGUGCAGAACCUUUACCAUGAUGUGGAGUGGAGGCCAGUGGAAGACCCCCACUCUUACCCAGAAGAAAUGGGGCCAAAACAUUGGCCAAGCUCCAGAUUCACUCAUGUGAUGAAACUCCGACAGGCUGCCCUGCGUGCUGCACGAGAAAAGUGGUCAGACUACAUCCUGUUUAUUGAUGCAGAUAAUUUACUGACCAACCCUCAAACCUUGAACCUGAUGAUAGCAGAAAACAAGACGUUGGUGGCACCAAUGCUUGAAUCUCGCUCCCUCUACUCUAACUUCUGGGGUGGCAUCACGCCACAGGGCUAUUACAAAAGAACCCUGGAUUAUCCCCUGAUACGGGAAUGGAAGAGGACAGGCUGUUUUGCUGUCCCAAUGAUUCAUUCCACAUUCCUCAUUGACUUGAGGAAAGAGGCCUGCACCAAGCUGAUGUUCUACCCCCCCCACCAGGACUACACCUGGAGCUUUGAUGAUAUCAUGGUCUUUGCCUUCUCCAGUCGCCAAGCAGGAAUACAGAUGUUCAUCUGCAACCGUGAACACUAUGGUUUCCUUCCCAUGCCCCUGAAAUCACAGCAGACACUGCAAGAAGAAACUGAGAACUUUGUGCACACGCUAAUCGAGGCUAUGAUUGAUCGUCCUCCCAUUGAACCCUCUCAGUAUGUCUCUGUUCCUCCAAAGCACCCUGACAAGAUGGGAUUUGAUGAAAUUUUCAUGAUCAAUCUGAAGCGUCGAAAAGACAGGCGGGAUCGGAUGCUGCGGACCCUCUAUGAGCAGGAGAUUGCAGUCAAGAUAGUGGAGGCUGUGGAUGGAAAAGCACUUAAUGCAAGUCAGCUCAAAGCUCUCAGCAUCGAUAUGCUCCCGGGAUACCGGGACCCAUACUCUUCCAGGCCACUAACCAGAGGAGAGAUUGGCUGCUUCCUUAGUCACUAUUACAUCUGGAAGGAGGUGGUGAACAGAGAACUGGGGAAGACGCUUGUUAUUGAGGAUGAUGUGCGCUUUGAACACCAGUUUAAGAGGAAGCUCAUGAAGCUGAUGGGUGACGUUCAACAAGCGCAGCUAGACUGGGAGCUUAUCUACAUUGGCCGGAAAAGGAUGCGGGUGCAAGAGCCUGAGAAAGCCGUUCCCAAUGUCAGUAAUUUGGUGGAAGCUGAUUACUCGUAUUGGACCCUGGGGUACGCAAUCUCUUUCCAAGGGGCUCAGAAACUCAUUGGAGCUGAGCCUUUCAGCAAGAUGCUGCCUGUAGAUGAAUUUCUGCCGGUUAUGUACAACAAGCACCCUGUAGCAAAGUACAUGGAGUACUAUGAGUCCAGAGACUUGAAAGCCUUUUCAGCAGAACCCCUUCUUGUUUACCCUACGCACUACACCGGGCAGCCAGGCUACCUCAGUGACACAGAGACCUCUACAAUCUGGGACAAUGAGACUGUGUCAACGGACUGGGACAGAGGACACUCCUGGAAAGCCCGUCAGCAGGGCAAGAUCCACAGCGAUGCCCAGAGCAAGGAUGCUCUGCCUUCCCAGUCACCUCUCAACGUGCCGUCCUCCAGGGAUGAGCUAUGACUGCCCGCUUCCCCUGGGACUCCGUUGACAGCUGAACCUGCCUCACACUUUAGCUUUUCACCCUUGAAAGUUGUAGAGCAGCUCUUCACGUGGCCUCCUUCCCACUGCUUUGAAUAGCAAAGCACAGAGGUUGGACCUGCCAACCUUCUGAGCCGCGUAGGACUGGGUGGCAGAUGAAGGAGGAGGAAAAGCAAGUGUUCCAGAGUGGCAGAAAAAAGGCAGAGAUCUGAACAAAAGCCCUCACAAGCUUUUGUAAAAAUCCCCAGCCUUGAACGAUGUCUUUCUAUAGUUCUUCAAGCAGAACACUGUAUUUAUAAAGAUUAAUAUAUAGAGGUGUACAAGUGUUAAUACCUUUCUGGGUAGCUGUAACUGGGCUGCUGUGUAACUAUAACUUCUUGUAGGUUUGCAGGCUUUUAUAGCCCUGUGCACUGAGAGAAGCUGCAGGCAAGUAUUUGGGUUAUUUGGGUUUGGUUUUGGUUUUGAAACUGAUCCCUGUCAGAAUCCAGAUGGUUUCCAGAAACGUUGAGUGCUCUGGAGCAGCGCUCCUCUGUAGCCUCUGCUCCCUCAUCGCAUCUCAAAAGAAAGCUGUUGCUAGCUUCCCCUCUGCAGACUUCAAAACUUGCUAGAUCCCAUCGAAACAGGCCUCCCAGCCCAGAACUGAUGUCUUGGUGUGUCUGAAAUCUUGGAAGCUGGAUGGGAAAGUAGAGGGUUUACCUCUGCACUGCCUGAAGGGAGCACAGGUGGAUCUAGGCGGUGUCAUGUCCUGCUUCCUUCCCCAUCUCAAUUUAUUUCUUCAGGAAAACAAAGCCUGGAAAACAACCUACUUGCAGACGUGUUUAAUUAGGCCGUAAAGCCAAGCGCAGGACUUCUAGGAUCUAAACAGUUUGUUUACGAACUGCUUGCACUAUCCUGAUAAAAACAAAACAACCUGCAGAAGUGUUUGCAUUGUCAACCGUACUGUUCUCAACAGCUGUGAUAGAAUUGUGCACUGCAGCUCUAUUAGGCACAGAGCUCAAGCUACAGACUGCUGUUGCAGCGUCUGGGUUGGUUGGGUUGGCUGGGUUUUGGUGGUAAUGGUGGUGGUGUUUGUUUUUUUUUAUGUUUUUAAUAAUUAGUGAUCAGUGUUGUGCUUUCUGCUAAAGAAGACGUGUUAUUACCUGUCAGCCGGUCUGAUAAUACAUAGAACCUGGUGCAA